AUGGUCGUAGAUGCGACGGCUAGUUGCGCGCAUGACGGUGGCGAGCAGCGGCGCGACAAUGGCGGGAGGUGGCGAGCGGUAGCGAGUGUCGGGCGAGGCGGGAGCGUGCAGCGUCAUGCUAUAGGCCCCUGUCCUUCUUUCCCUUUCCCCCUCUCCUUCUCUCUCAUUCCCCCAGUCUUUCUCGCCCUUUCCCCUGUCCUUCUAUCCCUUCCCCCCUGUCCUUCCCUCCUUUUCUCCAUGUCCUUCCCACCCUUUCCCCCUGUCAUUCUCUCCCUUUCCCCUUGUCCUUCCCUCCCUUUCAUCGUUUUCGUUCCUCCUGAUGUUUUAUCCGCUCUCCCCCCUGUCCUUUCUUCCCUUUCUCCCUGUCCUUCCCUCCCCUUCUUCUCCCUCCCUCCUUUCCCCUCUCCCAACCCACUUCUUCCCCCUGCUCUCAUCCGCCCCCAUUCCUCCCCCUCUCCCAACCCUCUGCUCCUUUCCCCUUUUCCUAAACCCUUCCUUUCCAUCUUUCCCAUCCCUUCCCUUUCCCACUAUCCCGUCCCACCAUUCACCCUUCCCCCGGCCAUCCCUUUCCCUCCUCUCCUGCCCCUCCCCAUUCCGCACUUCCGUCCCUUCCCUUUCCACUAUGUCCCCUCAUCCAGCCCAGCCCACAGCAGCAGCUUCGCUUGA